GCCAAGGGACAGUGUGUUAGUGAGGGUGAUGCUGAGGUGAGGGAGCUCUGUCACCUCCCUGUCACACCAUGGCUGUCACAGGCAGUUUGUUACCCCAGUCGGGACCCAACUGGUGGAGGGGGUGAUUUGGGUGCUACCUCCCCUUGCCCCAGGGACCUCCUGUUUUCCAGUGUGUUCCCACUCCAGACAAAGCACCAGCACUGCCUGGGAUGCUGGGGCUGGGGCUGGCAGGCUCCUGCCCCACAGCGUGGGCCCCUGCCUGGUUCUGUGGCUCCUCGGACACGUCUGCUCCUCUCCUCCUUCCAGGACCGUGUGCUCUGGGAAGGGAAAGGCCCAUGGUGGAGCCUGGGUGAUUUAUAGGAGAGGCAAGGAUGGGAAAUGGGAACACAAACACAUGGUUUGCAUCGGAAACGGGGCUCGGGCGGCCCCGUGAUUUAUCUGUGCCGAAUUCCGCCCUGUGCUUCCCUCAGCUGCAUUUGCAGUUAUUUGUUUUACAGCGCAGGGCUGAGCAAGACAAACAAAGCCAGCGCCCCUCUCCUCCCUUCCUCUCCGGCAGUCGCCACUGACUUGAGCAGUGGUGGCUGGGAAGGAAGGCUGCUCCUCCUUCCAGCCCCAGCCCCAGCCCCAGCCUGGCAGCGUGGCUGCCCGGGACAAUGCUCUGAUGGCUCUGCCACCACGGCUCUCCUGGGAGUGCUGAGGCUCCUCAGCUCCCUCCCUGGCCUCCCUGGCCCUGCCACCCUCGUUACUGUGCAUGAGAACUUAGAUUUCGGGUUCCCCCCAGCCCUCCCUCCUUUAUCAUCCCCUGUAGGAGUGUGGAAGGUGUUUUCUUCUCUGUUGGAACCCCAUCUCCAAGGAGUGGCAGUGGGGCAGAAGAGCAUUGCUGGGUCUCCUGCUGCUGGCUGUGCUCAGAGUUCCUCUUGGCCUUUAAUUCCCAAAUUCCACCAUGGAUGCAGCUCAGUUGACCUCGGUGUUUCCCCCUUGGUGACUAUGAGCACUAAGCACGGGGACGUGCAUAUCCUCUGGGUCUGUGCUUUCAAAAACAAACUUUUUCUUUUUUUUUUUUUUUCUUCUAUAAACCCAAACCUCUGAUAUUUUUAUGAGCGUGGAGUCGUGUCCUUCAUGGAGUGAGGCUCUCACAGCCAGUGCCUGUGAAACGCCGCUCAAACAUCCUCCAAGUGUUUGUGAGAACGUCGCAAUAACAAAGUGCUCCGUGCGCCUGAAGAAUGCCACGGGAACAAAAGCCACAUCAACAGAGCUGGGACUGGGGAAUACUAAAGAGUUGACAGGAAUUUUAAUAUAAAACUCUCUCCCUUCCUCGUCAGUGAGGGUUUUCAGGAAGCCUCUGGCUUAUCGUAAAGCGGCAUACAGCGCUCGCAGGGGCCGGGGAGGUGAAAGGUGGCUUCCUGCCAUUCUUCUCGGGAGCUGGGUUCCCAUGGGCGGUCAUGCCAGUUUGACUGGGGCUCCUUGGGCUGUGAGGAGUCCGGGAUCGCCGCGGGAGCCGCGGGGUUUUCAUGGGCUCCAGCCAUGAACCGCUUCAAUGGACUCUGCAAGGUGUGCUCGGAGCGGAGGUACCGGCAGGUGUCUCCCUGCAGAUCACCAUCCCUCGGGGCACUGAUGGCUUUGGCUUCACCAUCUGCUGCGACGCCCCAGUCCGUGUGCAGGCAGUGGACUCUGGUGGCCCAGCAGAGAAGGCCGGGCUGCAGCAACUCGACACGGUGCUGCAGCUGAACGAGCAGCCUGUGGAGCACUGGAAAUGUGUGGAGCUGGCACACGAAAUCCGGAACUGUCCCACGGAGAUCAUCCUGCUGGUGUGGAGGCUGGUGCCUCAGGUGAAGCCGGCCCACGAGGCCAUGCCCCGCAGGUCCUCCUGCAAAUCCACCUACGACCUGCAGUGCCCCCCCAACAAGCGGGAGAAGAGCGGCCCCGCGCAGGCGGAGCAGCGCCGCAGCUGCCACGUCCUCUACGAUGGCACCGAGGGGCUGGGGCUGCACACCUGGGACAGGUACACGGAGCUGGGCAAGCGGGGCCAGAACACCCUGCCGGCCCUGUCCCGGGUGCCCUCUGCUGCCGACCAGAACUACAUCAUCCUGGCCCCUCUGAACCCCGGCAGCCAGCUGCUGAGGCCCGUGUACCAAGAGGACAGCACCACUGGGGGGAAUGGCUCUAAAGGGAAAUCCCACACGGGCUCUGGGAGGAAAUCCAGGCUGAUGAAGACUGUGCAGACCAUGAAGAGCUAUGGGAACUACCAGAACUGCACCAUAGUGAGGCCUCACAUCCCCCACUCCUACGGCACCUACGUGACCCUGGCCCCCAAAGUGCUGGUGUUCCCCAUCUUUGUGCAGCCCCUGGAUCUUUGCAACCCAGCCCGGACUCUGCUGCUGUCGGAGGAGCUGCUCCUUCACGAGAGCAGGAACAGGACUACACAGGUGACUCUCUUUGUCUACUCCGACCUGCUGCUCUUCACCAAGGAGGACGAGCCCGGGCGCUGCAACGUGCUGAGGAACCCUCUGUACCUGCACAGUGUCAAGCUCCAGGAGGGUUCAGAAGAUCGCAAGUUCUGCAUCCUUUACCUGGCAGAGAAGUCGGAGUGCUUAUUAAGUUUGGAGGCUUACUCCCAGGAGCAGAAGAAGAGGAUCUGCUGGUGUCUGGCUGAGAACAUCACCAAGCAGCAACAUCCGGCAGCGGCUCCUACCGAGAGCAAGAUGCUGGAGACGGACGCCGAGAAGCCGGGGCAGAUGCCCUCGGAGGCCGGGAAGGCAGCAGUGGGUGAUGCCCCUCUGGCUGCCAAGGCAGCGGCUCUGGCCGAGCCCUGGGACGCUCUGGGCGCCACCCAGGCUCCUCUCCCGGCGGAAAAGCAGCCGGUGGCCACCGCCAAGGGAGAGGAGCAGCCCAGCUCCCUGCCAGCCUUUGUCAUCCCCGAGCUGCGGCUGGACAGCACCUUCAGCCAGAGCGCGGCGGGCACGGCGGGCAGCGCCACGGACGGCGAGGACGAGGAGGAUGAGGAGGAAGACGAGGAAGAUGAGGACGAGGAGGAGGAGGAGGACAGCGACGAGCAGUACCUGGACAGGAGCGAGCUGAAGCGCAGCAGCAUGAUCGAGACGUCGGGCGGGCAGCCCGGCUACACGCUGAGCGUGCAGGGCUCGCUGCGGCGCCGCACGCACAGCGAGGGCAGCCUGCUGCAGGAGGCCAAGGGCCACUGCUUCACCUCCGACACCACCCUCAACUGCUCCGACAGCCAGGGCCCCGCCUCGCACUGGGCACUGCCCUCCCCCAGGACCCUCAAGAAGGAGCUCGUCAAGAACGGCGGCUCCAUCCACCAGCUGACGCUGCUCUUCUCGGGCCACAGGAAGCUGAGUGGAGCAGACCCUGAGUGCAGCUGUGACGAAGGGGACGAGACCUCCCGCAAGAAACGCAGCAAGAGCCUAGCCAAGGACAUGAAGAACCGGCUGGGGAUUUUUCGGCGGCGGAACGAGUCGCCCGGAGCCAACCCCUCCGGCAAGCUGGACAAAGUGCUCAAAUCGCUCAAGCCCACUCCCGAGGAAGCGCUCAAGUGGGGGGACUCUCUGGAGAAGUUGCUGCUGCACAAAUACGGGCUCGCUGCCUUCAGGGCCUUCCUGCGCACCGAGUUCAGCGAGGAGAACCUGGAGUUCUGGCUGGCCUGUGAGGAGUUCAAGAAGAUCAAAUCCCAGUCCAAGAUGGUCUCCAAGGCCAAGAAGAUCUUCGCUGAGUACAUUGCCAUCCAGUCCUGCAAGGAGGUCAACCUGGACUCCUACACACGGGAGCACACCAAGGAGAACCUGCAGAACAUCACCCGCAGCUGCUUCGACCUGGCUCAGAAGAGGAUUUACGGGCUCAUGGAGAAGGACUCGUACCCCCGCUUCCUCCGCUCCGACCUCUACUUGGACAUAAUCAACCAGAAGAAGGGCAGCUCCCCACUGUAGGCCUAAGGACUGUCUCGGGGCAGGCUGGGAGCUGUGUGUUUACAUGGAAUUGGGCAGUGGAGGCCUUCCCAGGAGCUGGUGGGAGCUCGCUGUGCUGCUCGUGCCCCAGGCCAUACGGACAGGGGGCAGCUGAAGGCACCGAGCCCCGAGGGGACCGACAGGCCGGGCAGUCUGGCACUGCUGCAGCCCCACCACCGCUGGUACGACGCCUUCGGGGUGGCCCCGGCGUGGAUUUACCCAGGAGGGAAGCUCCCACAAGACUACUGUGAAGCACCUGCCCCAGCCACGAGUGUUGCUGGAAGGUGGAGAGUGAGCCCAGCUCGGCGAGGAGGAGGAGGGGAUCUCAUGCAGGGCUCUGGCAAGGGGACAGCAGCACUGACACAGAUGUGGUCCUGGAUUAAAGCCUUGUGAACUGGAGCAGCCCCAGGAUGCUGCUGUGCUUCCCUAUGCCGUGGGGCCCCCUGGCUCUCCUGGAGCAGCUCUGGCAGGAGCCUGGUGCUUCCUUGGCUCAUGGUGGGUUCCCCCGGGAGCAGCGAGAGCCGGGCCCUUCUCCUGUGCUGGAGGUGUGCAAAGCACCCCCUCCUGCCCUCACCCCUGGUUUAUUUAUUGCCCUCCUGUAGCUGGACACGUUGCUGUGUGAUAGGAGCCCCCGUGUCCUCCCCGUUCCCAAGUUACAAGUGCAAUAUUUGUGUGUGUCGCGGCCGAGUUCUCCGGCGGAGUGGAUGCCUUUUUCUUUUCCCAGGUGUGUAGAUUUUGUAAGGUAGCAAGUUUUGUGUGCCAGACCCAUUCCCUGGCAGCGGGCCGCUGGGGGAGCCUGGUGUAAAUAUCCAUAUACUGAUGCCCUGACGACGGAGGGUUUGGUGAUGGAGAAAAGCAACUCUGUGCAGCAGCCGCUCUCCUGACUCUGGAUAACAAUGCUGUGGUUGGGAAGCAGGGGUUCCUGCUGGCCCCGGCAGGGCGGGGUACACUGUCUGCCUCCCAGUUUACAGUGCAAAGCAUCUCUGCAGCUAGAAAAAACCUACAUUGUCAUGGUCAUAGGUAAAUAAAAGGAGAAUAUAAUUUCUUGUA